UAAUCGGCGCUACCCGGCAAGUAUAAAAGGGGCCGGCUGGCGAGUGUUUUUCCAUCAGUUGCUUAAAGCUUCAAGCUUUGUGAGGCCGCGUCGAAUGUGAAGAAAGCAAAACAAAACAACAACACAACAACGAGUCAAACGAAAACAAAACGAAGCACUAUUAUUAUUAUUUUUUGUAAUUUUUUUUUAUACAAACCACAAAUAACAAAAGAGGUGGAGAAAUAAUAAUGACCGAAAGUAGAAAUUUUGAUGCGCAAAUGCCUGGCGAUGAGGCCGUGGUUCUGGACUGUAACAUCGACUUUGAAGACGAGUUACCGCAGCCUUCGAAGCCACAGGAUGCUCCGAAAUCUGGAAAGUUGCUAAAGAAGGCCAUCAAGGCGGCCUACAAGGCACAGGAGAUGCUGGAGCAAGCCCUAAUCCUGGCGGCGGAAGAAUCGCAUGGUAGGGAUAAGAGACAUAGGAAGUCCAAGGCGAAGGCAGAGAAAAAACUGAAAAAGCAGCAGAAAAGGCAGCAGAAGAAAGCGAAGAAGAACAAGAAGAAGAAUGGAGAACAGGAGCUGCAACAGGAGGAGCAGCAGCAGGAGGAGCGGCCACGCUCGCGUUCUAAUAGUGUGAGUUCAACUAGCUCCAGUUCCAGUUCAUCGAGCUCAUCAUCUAGCUCAAGCAGCUCCAGCUCGAGCAAUUCUUCUGGCGACGAGAUCAACUACCCUUGGGGUGGCUGGGGAUAUGGCGGCUUGGGACAUGGUCGUCGGGGCCGCAGACAUCGUCAUCACCAUGGCAGAGAUCGCUCAAGAUCUCAUAGCCGUGGACAUGGCCGCAGGCAUCGUCAUCACUUUGGACCGCACCACCGUAGAGCUCACCACUUUGGGCCGCAUCAUUUUGGACCCCAUCAUUUCGGCCCCCAUCAUUUUGGACCUCAUCAUUUCGGACCCCAUCACUUCGGCCCCCACCAUUUCGGGCCUCAUCAUUUUGGACCCCAGAAUUUUAGCUUUGGACCGUUUGAUUGGUCGUCCUUUCGUGGACCAACGUCCGGUCUCCCGCAGUUUUUUCGGAGCGGCGGCCUGCCGUGGGGCCUGGAGACGGACGCGGCACGGUCGAGGAACAGAUCGCGGUCUAGAUCGCGUUCCGUCUCAAGAAGCAGAAGUCGUGGACCUGGCCGCCGAGGUCACGGACACGGAGACGACCACGGACACAGACACGGACAUGGCCACAGAGGUGGCCAUCAUGAGCAUAGAGUGAGUAGCUCUAGAAGCAGCAGUCGUGGAGCUAGCCGCCGAGGCCACGGACACGGACCUGGCCACAGAGGUGGCCAUCAUGAGCACAGAGUGAGUAGCUCUAGAAGCAGCAGCCGUGGACCUGGCCGCCGAGGCCACGGACAUGGACACGGCCCCGGACACGGACCUGGCCACAGAGGUGGUCAUCAUGAGCAUAGAGCGAGCCGCUCUAGAAGCAGCAGUCGUGGACCUGGCCGUCGAGGUCAUGGACACGGACCUGGCCACAGAGGUGGCCAUCAUGAGCAUGGAGUGAGUCGCUCUCAUUCGCGCACUCGUCCUGAAAAGCAGCAUUGCCAUCAACAGGGCGCAGAAGCACAGACAGCCUUUGUUGAUGUGAACCACCAGCGCUCCCGUUCCCAUUCAAGAUCGGGUGAUAAAACAGACGAUGGUCACGGAAAGCGACCAGAGCAUGGACAUCGGCAUAGAAAUGGACACAGGCGUGGUCAUGGUCAUGGUCAUGGUCAUGGUCAUGGUCAUGGUGACGGUCAUGGUCAUGAUCAUGGACAUGGACACGGCCAUGAACAUGGUUAUGGGCAUCGACAUGGUCAUUGGGAAAAUACCGGUGGUUGGCCAUUUGAACAUCGCGGCCUUCAUCCUUUUUAUGAGAGAUGGGCCAUGGGUUUCCCUGGAUUCGGAAUUCCCCCAUUCUAUUCGGAACCUCGGGGUGGUGAACGAUAUCACCGCGACUGCAAACGAAGAGGACCACGUUCUUGGUCUCGUUAGAUGAACAAUGGAGGAGCGAGCUUUAUGGAAAAUAUUCUACACAUAUAUAUACAAACAUAUAUCCGCAUAUUGCACUUCACAUAUGUCAACUAUAUAUCAAUCACUAUAUACACACAUGUAUAAAGAUAUAUACUAUCCUA